ACAUGCGCAGUGAGAUUGUCUUUUUAGCUCUCGCGCCAAACUCAAGCAGUCAAACAUGUCUAAAAAGAAAGGACUUAGCUUGGAAGAAAAAAGAAGUCGCAUGAUGGAAAUAUUUUUUGAAACUAAAGAUGUGUUUCAGCUGAAGGACAUAGAGAAAAUUGCCCCAAAAUCCAAAGGAAUCACUCCCAUGUCAGUGAAAGAGGUAUUGCAGAGUCUGGUGGAUGAUAACAUGGUGGACACUGAGAGGGUGGGCACCUCCAACUAUUACUGGGCGUUUCCUAGUAAAGCACUGCAUGCCCGAAAACGCAGGUUAGAGGAACUGGAGAAACAACUUGAGGAUGGCAGUCAGCGUAAAAAAGCCCUUCAGCAAGCAGUUGACAAAGCCAAAGUGGGACGUGAAGUCAAUGAGGAGAGAGAGGAUCUCUUAAAGGAGCUCACAGCAUUGAAAGGUCAGCGAGAUCAGAUGAAGGUCGAAAUAGAGAAGUACCAAGAAUGUGAUCCAGCGGUGGUGGAGGAAAUUCGUAAUGCCAACAUUGCAGCUAAAGAGGCUGUGGCUAGGUGGACGGGGGGAACUUUUGGGAACUACCUGAUCUCAUACCUCCUUACAUGCUCAUUGACCAGGCAGGAGCCCUGGGCUCAUCAUUUAUCUCCAAGCUCAGGGUUCUCUCCUGGGACAGCAUGCCAAACCUGCUAUUAUUAUCAGCAAGCAAUAUCCUAGUCUAAACUCAAUAUACUAAUUAAAAUAAUUAGUUAAGAAAUCUUCAAUAAUAUUAAUGAUAUGACGUAGUUCUGGAAACUUUCUACUUUUCUGGUUAUCCGUCUUAUUUAACGGUCAGUUUCUUUUGACCGCCCCCUGUAAUUUUAAAGUAUAUUACAACGGCAAACGUGUCAAGUCUAAAAGCCUUGUCUGCUGUGUGGCAACAGGCGAAAGUAUAAAUCAUCCUUGAUUGGCUCUUAGAUCAACAUUAAGUAAAAAUAUCCAGAGCUUAUCAUAGUCAUCGACAUGAAUUUUAUUAUGAUUUGAUAUGAUAUCGUUUAUCGGCCCAACACUAGUCUUAUAUUAUGGUGUCAUGCGAUUUCUUGGUACAUGAAUGUAAAUGUAGGGAUUGAUGGGCCAUUGAAUUAUUACAAAAUAUAGCACAGCCAAGGUUGUUGUUGAUCCAGCCACAAAACUAACAAUGUGUUUUUUGUUUUUAAUAUUUCAAUUAUUCCACUAAUGUUACUAGUAGACACCUUCAAAGAUUGUUCAGAUGUUGUAUUUCAAGACACUCAAACUGAUAGUGUGUGGGGCUAGUUUUUUAAGCAUCUCAUCCAAAGUGUUUGAUUUGAUUUUUGACAUGUUAGCUGUGAAAGUGUGUGAAGUUAAAUUGUAAUGUGUUUCCAACUGUAAUGUUUAACCAUUUUCCCCUGCAAAAACUCAAUUUAAUAAAAAUAAAAAUAUAUAUAUAAUUAA